GGGCGUUCGACAGCUGCAAGUAGUUUCGGUGUCUUUACGGUUCGGCCGCGAGUCACGACUAUUGGGCCUUAAAAGGGCGCUGCUGGGGACGGAGGGCAUCAUCGUCCACCAUGGCUCGUCUCAGCUUGGUCGUCCUCGCCCUCUGCGCCGUCGUCGCGGCCGUCACCAGCGAGGCCCCACCCCAGAAGGAGGGCCCCAAGGGCAGUCCACUAGCGGGACCCAAGAACGGACCUCAAGCUCUCCCCAAGGGCAAACCCCAAGGUUCCCCCAAGGACGGACCCCAAGAAGGCCCCAAGAAAGCCCCCAAAGCCGAGAAGCCCAAGAGCAUCAAGGCAUGGAUCAAGGCCAAGGAGGCUCAGCUCAAGAAGUUGGGUGCCAAGGAGAUUAACCAGCUGAAGGCUCAGUGGAAGAACAAGGUUGUGCCCCAGGUCGCCGAGAUCAAGAAGAAGCUCGGUGAGGAGUGGCAGAAGGAUGCCCCCAAGCUCGCCGCCCUUCUCAAGAAGACGGUGGGCCCCGCCUACCACAAGGCGUUGAAGCACCUCGCUAACCUGGGCAAGCCAAAGGUCGAGGGCAAGCCUGAGCCUAAGGUUAAGCCCCAGGGCAAGCCUGAGCCCCAGGGCAAGCCUGAGCCUAAGGUUAAGCCCCAGGGCAAGCCCGAGCCCCAGGGCAAGCCUGAGCCCCAGGGCAAGCCCGAGCCCCAGGGCAAGCCCCAGGAGCAGCCCCAGGGCAAGCCUGAUUCCAAGGGCAAGCCCCAGGCUUAAGAUGCGGAAGCGCAUAAUUGUACGAGCAUUUAAUAAAAGCUCCAUGAACUGAAA